UUGAUAUUACUAUGAUUCGCUCAUACUCCCUUAUCUGUUACGACAGAUGUCACUGUUUGCACAUAUAACAUAGGAACGUCAAGGACAAGCCGCAGUAGUUCGUAGCUCUCAGCAGUGGAGAAGUGUUAGAUAGUGCGUGAUGGCUCUCCCAGAAAUCAAAUACACCAAGCUAUUCAUUAACAAUGAGUUUGUGGAUUCCGUCUCAGGCAAAACUUUCCCCACUGUGAAUCCAGCCACUGGAAAAAAGAUUGUUGACAUUGCUGAAGGUGACAAGGCUGAUGUCGACAAGGCUGUCGCAGCUGCCAAAGCUGCCUUUAAAAUAGGUUCACCAUGGAGGAAACUGGAUGCUUCUGCACGAGGGAAACUCCUCAUCAAGUUGGCAGAUCUUCUGGAACGUGAUACUGAAAUCCUUGCAAAACUGGAGUCUGUGGACAAUGGAAAACCCUUCAAGGUAGCAUUCUUUGACAUAGCAGUCAGUGUAAAUACUUUGCGCUACUAUGCUGGCUGGUGUGACAAGGUACAUGGCCAAACUAUCCCUGCAGAUGGCGCAGUAUUCUCAUUUACUCGUUUGGAGCCAGUGGGUGUGGUUGGGCAGAUCAUCCCAUGGAACUUCCCACUCUUGAUGGUAGCCUGGAAGUUGGGUCCUGCUCUUGCAACUGGGUGCACUGUUGUUCUGAAGCCUGCAGAACAGACUCCACUUUCUGCCCUCCAUGUUGCUGCCCUUGUAAAGGAGGCUGGUGUCCCUGCUGGUGUAGUAAAUGUGAUCCCAGGCUAUGGACCAACAGCAGGUGCAGCUAUCACAGCUCACCCAAAUGUUUCCAAAGUGGCCUUCACAGGGUCCACAGAGGUGGGUCGCAUAAUCAUGGCAGAUGCAGCCAAGUCAAAUUUGAAGAAAGUGUCCCUGGAGCUUGGAGGGAAGAGCCCCCUUAUUAUAUUUAAUGAUGCUGAUGUUGACCAUGCAGUGGAGCUUGCACAUCAAGCAGUGUUCUUUAAUCAAGGACAGGUGUGUUGCGCAGGCUCCAGAACCUUUGUGCAUGAAGAUAUCUAUGAUGAAUUCAUCAAGAAAUCUGUGGAAAGGGCUCAGAAGAGGAAGGUUGGAGACCCUUUCACUGAAACGACCGAGCAGGGACCGCAGAUUGAUGAUGAGAUGUUCAACAAAGUUCUGAAUCUAAUUAAAUCAGGAAAAUUGGAAGGAGCUAAACUGGAGUGUGGAGGGGAACGUUUGGGUGACACUGGGUACUUCAUCAAACCAACUGUCUUCUCGAAUGUCAAAGACGAUAUGACAAUUGCUAAAGAAGAGAUCUUUGGUCCAGUGCAGUGUGUUCUCAAAUUUAAGACCUUGGAGGAGGCCAUUGAGAGGGCAAAUAAGACAAGCUAUGGGCUGGCAGCUGGGAUUCUUACAAAGGACCUCAACACAGCACUAGUGUUUGCCCAGUCUGUAGAGGCUGGUUCUGUAUGGGUGAACUGCUACAAUACUGUAACUCCCCAGACUCCAUUUGGGGGCUACAAGCAGUCAGGAAUUGGUAGAGAAAUGGGUGAAGUUUCUCUGAAAGAAUACCUCCAGGUUAAAACUGUGACUGUUCAGUUGCCAUACAAACUCUGAAGGAAAAUACUGCACCUACAUGUUCGACAAUUGCAAGAUAUUCGUAUGUCAUUACUGGAUUGUAAUAAUGGGCACUGCAGUUAUUUUAACUUUGUGAAACAAAUUUUCACACUGUAUAUUUUUUAAUCAUUAUUCUCUUUGCUUACCUGUGGUACACUCCACCAUAUGGUGGGACAGACAGGAAGCUACCUCACACACAUUAUGGCAUUAUAUUCAAAGCAGGGUCAGCAGCUCCAUUUACCCAAGAAUAAAUCUGUUACUGCUUAA